AUGCGUUUCCAUUAUUUUUGCCUUUCUGUCUUCACUACUUCUACAUUUCUUUCUUUCUCUCUCUCUCUUUCUUUCUUUCUCUCUUUCUUUCUUUCUUUCUUUCUUUCUUUCUUUCUUUACUCAUUCUCUCUACUCCCCCUCUCUCUGUCUAUUUUAAUCUAUUCAUCUAUUUUCCUUCCUUGGUCUCGUUUUUCUUUCUUUUUUCUUUCUUUCUUUGUAUCUAUCUUCAUUUCUAUUUCUAUCUAUCUAUCUCAUUCAUUCAUCUAUCUAUCUAUCUAUCUAUCUAUCUAUCUAUCUAUCUCAUCUUGCUUCUUGUCCGUCUCUUUGAUUUGUGUUUUUUUUUUUGAGUUGGUCUUUACUCGUUUUCUGUUUCUUAAUUUUGUAUUGAACCAUUUCAUGCGUUUCCAUUAUUUUUUCUUCCUUUCUGUCUUCCCUUUCACUUUCCAUUAUAUUCCUUUUCUUUCUUUCAUUUCUCUCUCCCUCUCUCUUUCUUUCUUUCUUUCUAUCUCAUUCUUUCCUUUUUUCUCUCUUUUUCUAUUUCUUUAUUGCUUUUCUAACAAUGGGCUUUAUUUUUUUUUUUCUUUUUCAUCCCAUUAUUCCUUUUUAUUUCCUUACUUUUUCUUUUUUCUUUUAAUAUCUCCUCCCCCUUUCUUUUUUCUUUUAAUCUUUCUUUUAACAUCUAACACCUUUCUUUCUUCUUUUUUCUUUCUUUCUUCUUUUAAUACUUUUCUUUUCAUAUCUACCUCCUUUCUUUUUCUUUCUUUCUUUCAACAUCUAUCACCUUUCUUUCUUUUAAAAUGUAUUACCCUUUCUUUCUUUCUUUCUUUCUUUUUGCUACUUUUCUUUUUUCUUUUAAUAUCUACUACUAUUCUUUCUUUCUUUCUUUCUUUCCACUUAUUUUCGCUUCCCCGUUCUUACGCGUUAGUAUUUUUCCUUGAUUCGCAUCAACACACAACUACAUUCUAA